AUGCGACCGUCUUUACCGGACCUGGUGGUGGCCGGGUAUGGGAUGCUGAAGGUAGGCAUCACGGCGCAGCGAUUCAGCGACUGGUGCGAGUCAUUCCGCUACAUUCCGGCGGUGCAAGAGCGCAUUCGGCAUAUCGACAGCGGAGCAACCAUGGAGCUUUUGACUUACAAUCACGAAUUUCUCCGCUUCUUCAUGGCGCCGAGUGCAACACGCGAAGCACUGAAGACGUGCAGGCCUGUCAUCGCAAUGGACGGGACUUUCCUGAUCCGUGCUCAGAAGGCUACUCUGCUGUACGCCAACGCGAUGGACGGCAAUCAGCAGAUCAUCCCCAUCGCGUGGGCGCUCGUAGAGAGCGAAACCAAGGACACAUGGACCUGGUUUUGCGGCCUCUUUCAUAAGCACUGCUCCGACUGGAAGGGACGGGACGACACGGCCAUCAUCAGCGACCGGGACAAAGGUCUUAUCCCGGCGGUGAAGUAA